GUCUGAACAAAUCUUGUGAAGAAACCCUUGUGAUAGCUUUGCCAUAUGGAUUCCCUAACUUUGAAAUGGCAUGAAGGUAUACAUCUACGACAACAACAAAGAAAUAAGUAGAAAAAAAUUAAAAUCUAUACACCUAUGAAAUAAAAGGGAAAAGCAUGGCUAUAACAUAAAAAUAGAAGUUUGGAAAAGGAACUGGAGAGACUGCAGAAAAAUGUGGGACUGAGAAGAAUUCCUGUUAAUUUUGUGAACUUCUGACAUAGAAUAUGAAUAAUAAUUUACAAACAAUGGAAAAUCCUGUACACCCCUAUUCCACAGCCCAGAAAGCAGAGGAGCUAUAUAAGCUUAUAGCCUGUGGCAAAUGCUUAAGAUGGAGAAGGGUUCUUGACGUACAUCAGAUAACACAGACAGGGGGAAAGCCAUAUACAUGCAUAGAAUGUGGAGAGAACUUCAGUCCAAGUGAGACAUUGCAAUCUAAUCAACAGCCCCAUAUAGGGGAGACGCCAUAUAACUCUAUGGUAUGUGGAAAUAGCUUCUCUUUGAGUGGACAACUGUGUUCCCAUCAAAGGAUCCACACAGGAGAGAAGCCAUAUAAAUGCAUGGAAUGUGGACAGAGCUAUAAACAAAGUGGUCAUCUGCGUUCCCAUCAAAGGACCCAUACAGGGGAGAAGCUAUAUAAAUUCAUGGAGUGCGGCAUGAGCUUCAGUUGGAGGGACAAUCUCCUUGAUGUGCAGCAGAUAACACACACAGGGGGAAAGCUAUAUUCAUGCAUAGAAUGUGGAGAGAGCUUCAGUUCGAGUGAGACAUUGCAAGCUCAUCAACUGCCCCAUACAGGGGAGAAGCCAUAUAACUGCAUGGAAUGCGGAAAGAAGUUUUCUCUGAGUGGACAACUGAGUUCCCAUCAAAGGACUCACACAGGAGAGAGGCCAUAUAAAUGCAUGGAAUGUGGAGAGAGCUUUAGACGAAGUGACACACUGCGUUCCCAUCAAAGGACCCACACAGGGGAGAAACCAUAUAAAUGCAUGGAGUGUGGGAUGAGCUUCAGUAGGAGUGGCAAUCUGAAUUCCCAUCAAAAGACUCACACUGGAGAGAAGCCAUAUAAAUGCAUGGUGUGUAAAAAGAGUUUCAGUCAAAAUAGCAAACUGCGUUCCCAUCAAAGGACCCACACAGGGGAGAAACCAUAUAAAUGCUUGGAAUGUGGAAAGAGUUUCUCUUUCAAUGGAAAUCUGCUCUCCCAUCAAAGGACCCACACAGGGGAGAAGCCAUAUAAGUGUAUAGAAUGUGGAGAGAGAUUCAGUCAGGGUGGCAAACUGCGUUCCCAUCAAAGGACCCACACCGGGGAGAAGCCAUUUAAGUGCAUGGAAUGUGGAGAGGUCUUUAGGCGGAGUGACUGUCUGCGUUCCCAUCAAAAGACCCACACAGGGGAGAAGCCAUUUAAGUGCAUGGAAUGUGGGAAUAGCUUCAGUCAUAGUGGCAAACUGCGUUCCCAUCAAAGGACCCACACUGGGGAGAAACCCUACACAUGCAUUGAAUGUGGAAAGAGCUUCUCUCAUAGUCAAACUCUGCGUACCCACCAAAGGAUCCACACAGGGGAGAAGCCAUAUAAAUGCAUGGAAUGUGGAAAGACCUUCUCUGUCAGUGGAGGUCUGCGUUCCCAUCUAAGGACCCACAUUGUGGAGAAGCCAUAUUUAUGGAUGGAAUGUGGAAACAGCUUCUCUUUCACACAGGGGAGAAGCCAUGAAAAUGUUCAAGUUUAAUUAUUCUUUCCUUUAAAAAGGGGGGAGGGAGUGCAAUACACAAGGGGAA